CACUUGCCGCAAGCAAUAUAUGUUGGCAGAAUGGUAGGUAGUAAUAAUAUUUAACUAAACAACAAAAAAUACAUCCCUAUAACUGACGAAAUCAUGCACCGAUUACUCUCACAAUUCUGAGUUACACCUAAAAAAAAUGUCCCCUCUAAACCCCACCGGAAAUUCCUUCGUAUCCGACGCCGAUGACAUUCCGUUCGGCACCGUUUGGUGGUUUGUCUACGCCGGAAUUUCUUGUCUUCUCAUUAUCUUUGCCGGUAUGAUGUCUGGACUCACCAUUGGGUUAAUGACCUUCGGUCCUGUUGACCUUGAAAUUCUCCAAAGAAGUGGUUCUUCCACCGAGAAAAAACAAGCCGCUGCUAUUUUUCCUGUUCGUCAAAAACAACACCAACUGCUUGUUACUUUGCUCCUGUGUAAUGCUUGUGCCAUGGAGGCACUUCCGAUUUACCUUGAUAAGAUUUUUCAUCCCUUUGUAGCAGUGUUGUUAUCAGUAACUUUUGUUCUGGCUUUUGGAGAGAUCAUUCCACAAGCUAUAUGCUCAAGAUAUGGGCUUUAUGUUGGUGCGAGUUUUGUUGGGCUUGUACGCGCUCUGAUGAUCAUUUGCUAUCCGAUUGCUUGCCCUAUUGGAAAGGUUUUGGAUGUUUUGCUUGGACACCAUUGUGCACUGUUUAGACGAGCACAAUUGAAAGCCCUUGUUUCAAUCCAUAGCGAAGAGGCUGGUAAAGGAGGUGAACUCACACAUGAUGAGGCGACGAUUAUCAGUGGAGCAUUAGAUCUCACUCUGAAGACUGCAGAGGAGGCUAUGACACCAAUCGAGUCAACUUUUUCCUUGGAUGUUGCUUCAAAAUUGGACUGGGAAGCAAUUGGGAAAAUUCUUGAACGAGGUCAUAGUCGCAUCCCUGUAUACAGUGGAAAUCCCAAAAAUAUAAUUGGUCUCUUACUAGUAAAAAAUCUUCUUACUAUAAGAGCUGAGGCAGAGAGUCCAGUUAGUUCUGUCUCCAUCCGGAAAAUUCCUAGGGUUCCAGCACAUAUGCCUCUAUACGAUAUCCUCAACGAGUUUCAAAAAGGUAGCAGUCAUAUGGCAGCUGUAGUCAAGGUUAUAAGCGAGAAAAACAACCCUCAGGUAGCUAGUGACUUCGACAAAUCCAAAGAAGAAGUAUUCAUCAAACAUCGUUCUGAACUGACUGUGCCGUUGCUAGUCGGGUCUUAUGAGAAAUCAGACAAUGCUGUCGAUAUUGACAAGCUUUCUAGACAUCAAAACCAUGGAGGAUGUGAUGAUGCCAACAAUACCGACCAACAUUGCCUAGAAAAUGAAACUCCGCCAAAUUGUUUCCAUCACUUUCCUUAUGAUAAAGACGGGGAAGUUAUUGGCAUCAUAACCUUGGAAGAUGUUUUCGAAGAACUCCUGCAGGAAGAAAUUGUGGAUGAGACAGAUGUGUAUAUUGAUGUACACAGGAGAAUACGUGUUGCUGCUGUUGCAGCUGCUUCAUCUGUGGCUCGAGUUCCAUUAGGCCAAAAGGUGAAAGUUGGAGCAAGCUUGUAGAUGAUGCCUCACAUUAAAGGGGAGUUUCAGUCUCUUAUGGAGCUUCCUGCCUGGGCAAUAUAAGAUGAGAUUAAAUCAGACACACGUUUACUAUGUUGCAGAGCUACUGUUUCUUUUUUGUGUGGAUAGCAUAAUACAUUAUGGAGAUAUUGGUCACACUUUUGUUACUGUUUUUGUUGCCAAAGGGUAACAUUUUUCUUGGUCUUUUUUAAAAAUGUAGGUUAAGGAUUUCUAAGUAAUAGAUUCUUAUCUUUUGACAA